ACCCCCUGGAGUUCCCAGGACAACAGACGGAGCAGAGCCGAGUGUUGUUAGUUACCUGCAGUCACUACUAUCCCCAUCAGGAGCGCCACAGUCAUCACCCUCAUCAGGUGAACCUGUCAGAGGGGGACACCAGAAAAUCAUGGGGCCUGUACCCCUGGUGCUGCACCUCGCGGCCCUCUGCUUCAUCUGCUCCGUCCACGGACAGGCGGAAUUUCCGGAUCUGCCGGCCGUAGUGACCGUUCCUGAGAGCUCCUCCCCGGGCACCUUGGUGCACAGCUUCACCCUGGUGAACUGCAGCAGCAACAACCCUACCGUCACCAUCAGCAGAGUCUCCCCCACGGCCACUUACUUCAACACCCCAACACAGUCCAAAGCCGGAGCUGGGGAAUUCACUUUACAGAUCACGCUCAGCAGCUCGGCGACUCUGAACGCAGACGUGGUGAACGAGUACGUUCUGGAGCUCACGGCGCAGUGCGGCAAUGAAAUCGCCACCGGUCAGCUGUUUGUUACGGUCAGUGACGAUAUCUCAGAACCGCAGUGUGAACCACAGUUCUCCAGCCAAGUUGGAGACACGGUGCAGGUGUAUUCCAGCGUUCCUGCCUCCAGCACCAUAUACACAGUUGUCUUACGGCAGCCAAAGAACACUCCGGUGACGUAUAAGAUAACGCAGCCCAGUCCGUCGCCCUUCACCAUCUUGCAGAAUGGACAUGUCCUGGCCCCAGCCUCCGGAUUCAGCAAUGCGGCAGCGGUCUACCAGCUGCAGAUCACGGUGACCGACAGUCUGGGGAACACGUGUAACGGGACGCUCAACGUCAAGGUGCUCACCGUCUAUGACAACCCCAUCAACUUCACGAGCUCGUCUGAGUCCGUCACCAUCAUGGAGAACGGCGGACCCAACCAGCUGGUGACCGUAGUGACAGCGCGAGGCAGCAACGUCCAGUACGAGGUGAUAAGCCCCAUGGCGGCAUUCUACAUCGAGUCAGGAACCGGAACCAUCAGGACGACCUACAACCUGGACCUGGACACGUCCCCGGCUCUGGUCAGCAGCAUCCUGCAGGUCCGCGCCUACGACCCCUACAACAGGAGUAACAGCGCAAGCGUCACAGUCACCAUCAACGUGCUGGACGUCAACGACAUCGCCCCGCAGUGCAGCCCGGCCAUCAUCGUGGAUGUGGUUCCUCAGACGGCGCCUGUUGGUUACACGUUUGUGGAUUUCUCCUGCACAGAUCCGGAUUAUAACAGCACCGCGCUCACCUACUCCAUCAUCCCCGACACCAACUCCCUGUACUCCUUCCGUAUGCAGGGCUCCAAGCUACAGAUUAAUAAGACGCUGAAUUAUGACUCCGAUGUGAUGGCGAGCCUCAACUUCCAGUAUUCGGCCACGGUGGUGGUGACGGACAACGGGACACCCAAAAUGACCACCAAUAUUCCGGUUUUCAUCACGGUCACGGCGGUGAAUGACUACAACCCUAUAUGUGUCGGCCCGUCCACCUUCACGGUUAACGAGAAUGCGCCAUUUGGGACCGUUGUGGGGCAGCUAAACGCCACAGACGCCGACUACCCAUUCAACAACGUACAGUUCUCCAUCAGCGGCGGUCCGAAUCCCCCGCUCUUCUAUGUCGUGCCGAGAACUGGAGUGAUAAAACUGCUCGGACCCCUGGACUUCGAGACCACCAGCAGCUACUCGCUAAGGAUGCAGGUGGUCGACCUGAAUAACGACCUUCUGCCGGAUCCUGCCCGUCAGAGGACGACCACCUGCCCCAUCACGAUCAGCGUCACGGACUAUAACGACAACCCCCCAGUCUGCACGCCGCCAUUUUAUUACAGCACCAUAUACUCCACCCUUUUAACCACAAGCGCCAUUGGGACGUUAACCUGCAGUGACAGAGACGCGUCGGCUGCGCUGUCCUAUACCAUCGCGGGAGGUAACGUCAAUAGUCGCUUCCGUCUGAUUGGCGCCACCGUGCUGCACAACACGUUCUCGUUUAACCCGGAUGGCGUGAUGGACCCUCAGAGCUACACGCUGCUCAUCCAGGUGACGGACAGCGCCGUCUCCCCCAUAUUCACCACCACAGUGACCUUCUUCAUAACCGUCAUCCCCUGGACAACGACGCAGCCGACAACCACCAAAACCACCCCGACCCCAGAAAAGCAGACGCGAAUCGUCAAUCAGACGCUGACGUACUGGCAGCCGGACGUCUGGUUCAUGGUCGUCCUGACAGUCACCGGGGUCCUCCUGCUGUCUGCCCUGGCGCUGCUGACAUGGGCGCUCUGCAAAAGAUUUCCGCUCUGUGCACAAGGCAGUAAGGAGUUAACGCAGCCCCUCCUGCCGGACAGCUCUGUAUCAAAUAAAGAAGCGGUCAUGGAACCCCCCAAACAGCCGCCCCCCGCCAAGGAGAAGAAGGACGUGGCCCCAGUCAGCCCCCUGAGCCUGCAGUUUGAUGGCCGAGCACAAGACCCAGUUUCUGGUCGUGAAUAUCUCUUCAACAGUCAGACGGGGGAACGCCGCUGGUUAUGAAGGAAGUCAUCGCUCCUGAUCCGUAUGCGGAGGAUCAGACUGUGAUUAUCGUGUGCCAAUCAUGGUGAAUAGUCAGUACCUGGUUCCUCCUGCAGGGGUCAGCAGAGCUCAAUGUACACAAGUGUGGAGACAGCGACACCUGCAGGACACUCCACAGACUGACACCUGACAACCGUAAAAUCAUUAGGAAAAAAUAAAUAAAUAAAAGGAAAUCACUUUG